AUUAUUUUAUUGUUUUAUUUAUUUAGAAAGGCCAAAUAAACUGCAAAUAAGCAAAAAAAACAUUAAUGGCGGGCUUAGAAAAAGAUCCACUGGUGUACGAAAGAUCAGGAACAGUACGAGAAGUCGGUAAUCAUGCUAUCUGGAGUUUGUCUUCCUGUAAACCAGGAUUUGGUAUUGAUCAAUUGAGAGAUGACUGCAUGGAAACAUACUGGCAGUCUGAUGGACAACUUCCACACUUGGUUAACAUACAGUUUCAGAAAAAAACAAUGGUAUCACAUAUUUACAUUUACACUGACUAUAAAUUAGAUGAAAGCUAUACACCAAGCAGAAUAUCAAUAAGAGCUGGUACACAUUUCAAUGAUCUACAAGAAAUUGAAGUGAUUGAAUUAAUAGAACCUAGUGGUUGGGAAAUGAUUCCAAUCAAAGACAUUCAUGACAGACCCAUUAGAACUUAUAUGAUUCAAAUAGCAGUUCUGAGUAAUCAUCAGAAUGGUCGUGAUACACACAUGAGACAGAUCAAAGUGCAUUCACCAUGUGAACCUACCUCUUUUGAUAUAAAUAAGUUUAGAAAUUUUUCAACUGUUCAAUUCCAACAAUAUGCCACUAUAAGAUAAUAUAAUUUACUUUUGCCUGUUGAAAGAAUGUAUUCUUGGUGGUUUGUCAAUAAUCAGACCCUAUAGGUUUGAUUUUGUAAUUUUAUGACAAAAUCAUUUGUAUCAAUAUUUGUUAUUUAUUUGUUCUCUUAUGAACAAUUAUUAUUCAGAAAUAACUGUUAUAAGGAGAAUAAGCAAAAUUAUAUGAAGCUCGACAGCUUGACCAAUUAGCAGCCAGCAAUGAAGUUUCCAUUUACUGAUGUACUUUGCUACUACAAUUACUAAGUAUAAUUUUUAUUGCUGUCUCUUUUAAAGUAACAUGAAUUUUGGUUUAAA